AUGCAGCUGGUACAGGAGCAGGUAGUGGGAGAGGCCCCUGGCACGGCUGGGUAUGAGGCCUGGCAGCAUGCAAAUACUACAAGCACACCUCUAGUUCCUCAAUGUGACAGCACCCUUGUAAUGUCGGAGUUUGGAGGUGGUGCGGGGCUUCUGUUCCAGGGUAUGAAGAAACACCAAGUCACCUUGCCUGGACAGGAGGAACCCUGGAACAUCCAGAACCUCCUUACCUGGGUCAAGAAGAAUUUGCUAAAAGAGAAGCCAGAGUUGUUCAUCCCAGGAGACAGCCUGCAGCCAGGAAUUCUAGUGCUGAUGAACAAUACCAACUGGGAACCACUGGAUGGACUCCUGAGACCCUCCCCACCUCCAGCUAAAGGCUGUCUACACUCAGCUCAUUCUGCCAGUAGAGGGAAGGAGGAGGAGAAUGCAGCAGGACAGAGUGAGGCCUAUGCAAAUAGUCCCUGCCACAGCCCUGUGUACCCCAGCCUAAGAUGGGUGUCCACCAGCGCGGAAGGGUGGGGGGUGGAGCUGGGUGCUGGAAUGUGGGGUUUGGAGAGCAACCCGGGGAAAGGGACUGCUGUUGACCAUGAGGAGACAGGAGUGAGGAGCUCCACAACCAGAAGUGCUCGUGGAGGAAGCCUGGACCUCUGUAGAAGCAAAGUGCCAUUACUGAGAGACGUGCAAAGUGCAGGGCUCUCCUCAUGCUCCGGCCCUUGCCUCCUUGGGCACAUGGGAGGGCUCCCAUUGGAGUUGACCCGUGGUCCCCCUCCAUCGCUUCCUCCGCCCUGUCCCUACUCGCUCUGA